UAUUUGGCCUGUCAGGAAUCUUACUCAAAAAAAAAAAAAGUACAUGAAACAGCAACGCUAGUGACUGGAACAAUUAAUAGAUUCCAAACUGCAUAUUCUAGCGAACUAAGAAGAAGAAACACAGAAAACUGGAAGCACCAUGGCUACGGAUUUCAAGUUUAUUCCUCUUAUAGAUGUGAGUCCUCUUUUGGAGAAGUGGGAUCAUCCAAAUAUUACUCAAGAUGAAGGUGUAGCUCAAGUUGUUAGGCAAUUAGAUCAGGCUUGUAGAGAAGCUGGAUUCUUUUAUGUGAAGGGCCAUGGUAUUCCUGAUUCCCUUAUGAAAGAUAUUAAAAACAUAGCACGCGAAUAUUUUCAUCAACCCUAUGAAGAGAAAAUCAAGAUCAAACUUUCUGCAGAAACUGGAUACAGAGGAUACCAAAGAAUUGGAGAGAAUGUAACCAAAGGCGUACCUGAUAAACAUGAAGCUAUUGAUUGUUAUAGAGAAGUGAAUCAUGGGAUGUAUGAAGGUCUUGGAGACGUUAUGCAAGGAUCCAACAUAUGCAGGCCAAGUAAUCCUCCAAAUUUCAAGCAGUUAAUGGAGGUGUAUAUUGACCGCUGCACAGAUCUAUCACGAAAGAUAAUGAGAGGAAUAGCUCUGGCAUUGGGUGGAUCAGCUGAUGAAAUGGAGGGUGAAAUUGGUGGUGAUCCAUUUUGGGUCUUUCGAAUAAUUGGUUACCCUGCUGCGUCCAUUUCAAAUGGACAUGAUAAGGCUCACGAUGAUGUUGGAUGUGGCGCCCAUACAGACUAUGGCCUAUUGACAUUAGUCAACCAGGAUGACGGUAUUGUUGCCCUUCAGGUGAGAAAUAAAUUGGGAGAGUGGAUAUCAGCACCACCUAUCCCCGGCACAUUUGUUUGCAAUAUAGGAGAUAUGUUGAAGAUCUUAUCAAACGGAAUUUAUGAAUCAACAUUGCACCGGGUUAUCAAUAACUCUCCCAAAUAUCGUGUUUGUGUGGCCUACUUUUAUGAGCCUAACUUUGAUGCUGCAGUAGAGCCACUGGAUGUGUGUUUACAGAAGACUGGUGGCACCAAGAAUUUUGAAGGAGCUGUUUACGGGAAGCAUUUGGUCAGCAAAGUCACCACCAAUUUUAUUAUGUAGAGAUUGAGCCAAGUCUGAAUCCAUCUCCUCUCUUGUUGAUUUUGUUAAGAAAAUAAGAACGUACUUGUGUACAUUAUGGAUACUGUGUUUUGUAUGGGCCUCAGCUUCCCUAUCUAUCUCCCCACAGGAAAAAAAGAAGAGAAAAAAUGUAAAUGGAAUAAAAGUAAGGUUGUAAACCCUUGAAAAUAACAAUAUAUUCCGUGUAAUCUUAUGAAUGAAGUAUUGGGAGUGUAGAGUGUGAUGGAGGUUGUAUCAAAAGACUCUUGCAGUAAGUGAGUAACGUAUAUCAAA